AUGGCAAGUAUAGAAAAAAGCUCAAAAAAAAAUAUUGAAGCCAAUCCACUCAUUAUACCGGACUCAUACGAAGGUUAUUCAUUAAGUUAUUUCAAUUUACCAUUACAUUAUCGUAAUGAUUUAAAAUCUGUUUUAAUUCCUUAUGGAUUUGUUCAAGAUCGUAUUGAAGCAUUAGCUAGUCGAAUUUUUGAUGAUUUACAUAUUGGUAUGCCUGAACAACUUAUUUGUAUGUGUGUACUCAAAGGUGGUUAUCGAUUUUUUUCGGAUUUAGUUUCAAAAAUUCAAAAUGAAAAUCGUCUUCGAAGUGAUCGUAGUUUACCAAUGAGUUUAGAAUUUAUUCGUACACGAAGUUAUAUUAAUGAUCAAUCAUCUGGUAGCCUUGAAAUAAUUGGUUUAGGUGAUUUAAAUAAAAUUAAAAAUAAAAAUGUACUUAUUAUUGAAGAUAUUAUUGAUAGUGGUAUUACAAUGGUUACAUUAAAAGAAGAACUUGAAAAAUUUCACCCAAAAACUAUUCGUGUUGCUUCAUUAAUAACAAAAAGACGUAAAGAUAAAAAGUGUGUUUUUAAACCAGAUUAUUGUGGUUUUGAAGUACCUGAUCAUUUUGUUGUUGGUUAUGCACUUGAUUACAAUGAAUAUUUUCGUGAUUUAGAACAUAUAUGUAUUUUAAAAGAAUCUGGUGUUACAAAAUAUAAAGUUACUCCUUCUAAUCAAGUUAAAUAG